CGUCUAGCGUCAUCAGUGACAGCCCCGACCCUUGCUACGCUUUGCGUCGCUCUGCCAGGCGCAGUCGCCUCCUCCUUGGCAAAUAGUCCUCGGCAGGGUCCGAGUUUUCGGGUCAUCCGAGGUGGGAAACAGGAAAGGCUGCAGUUCAAGGGACGGGGAGUCGACGAGGAGAGGGAGCCGAAGGGCGACGUCUUCUCGGGGGCGCGCGAAGUGAGUUAGAAACUCCCUCCCUGCCCGGGAUCCCUCCGCCUGCGGUAGCGGUGCUGAGGCCGAGGGAGCCGCCAUUUUGGAUGUUCGGUUCCUGCUGCCACUGCUGCCGCCGCCCCCGAAGCUGCUGGUUUCACUCGAGGUUUCGGGCCGAGGAUGCCAGCCCCCAUCAGAUUGCGGGAGCUGAUCCGGACCAUCCGGACAGCCCGGACCCAAGCUGAGGAACGAGAAAUGAUCCAGAAAGAAUGUGCUGCAAUCCGGUCAUCUUUUAGAGAAGAGGGACAAUACAUACGGUGUCGAAUGGUGGCAAAAUUACUGUAUAGGCACAUGCUGGGCUACCCUGCUCACUUUGACAUGAAGGGCAGGGCUGCUACUUCCCUCUUCACUCUUGUGCUCCAACCCCCUUUACAGAAAUUGGAGUGCCUCAAGCUAAUCGCCUCACAAAAAUUCACAGACAAACGCAUUGGGUAUUUAGGAGCAAUGCUGUUAUUAGAUGAAAGACAAGAUGUGCAUCUUCUCAUGACCAAUUGUAUCAAGAAUGAUCUUAAUCAUAGUACACAGUUCGUACAGGGGCUCGCACUUUGUACCCUCGGCUGCAUGGGCUCUUCAGAAAUGUGCAGAGAUCUUGCAGGAGAGGUAGAGAAGCUUCUGAAAACCUCCAACUCUUACUUAAGAAAAAAGGCAGCACUGUGUGCUGUUCAUGUCAUCAGGAAGGUUCCUGAACUUAUGGAGAUGUUUUUACCAGCAACAAAAAAUUUAUUGAAUGAGAAGAACCAUGGUGUCCUUCACACGUCUGUAGUCCUCCUCACAGAGAUGUGUGAGCGGAGCCCAGACAUGCUUGCACACUUCAGGAAGAAUGAAAAGCUUGUGCCCCAAUUAGUUCGUAUUCUAAAGAACCUCAUCAUGUCCGGAUAUUCCCCAGAACAUGAUGUUUCUGGUAUCAGUGACCCCUUCUUGCAGGUACGAAUUUUGCGGUUAUUAAGAAUUUUAGGACGAAAUGAUGAUGAUUCAAGUGAAGCUAUGAAUGAUAUAUUAGCACAGGUUGCCACUAAUACAGAGACUAGUAAAAAUGUAGGAAAUGCUAUUCUUUAUGAAACGGUUUUGACUAUCAUGGACAUUAAAUCAGAGAGUGGAUUGCGAGUUCUAGCCAUAAAUAUUCUCGGUCGAUUCUUAUUGAACAAUGACAAAAAUAUUAGAUAUGUUGCUCUGACAUCUUUGUUGAAGACUGUGCAGACAGAUCAUAAUGCUGUACAGAGGCACAGAAGCACAAUUGUGGACUGUCUAAAAGAUCUGGAUGUCUCAAUAAAAAGACGUGCAAUGGAAUUAAGUUUUGCCCUGGUAAACGGCAAUAAUAUCCGAGGCAUGAUGAAGGAAUUACUUUAUUUUCUGGAUUCAUGUGAACCAGAAUUUAAAGCAGAUUGUGCAUCUGGAAUCUUUCUUGCUGCAGAAAAGUAUGCACCUUCCAAACGGUGGCAUAUAGAUACAAUUAUGCGUGUCCUGACAACGGCAGGAAGUUACGUUCGGGAUGAUGCAGUUCCCAACUUGAUUCAGUUAAUUACCAAUAGUGUGGAGAUGCAUGCAUACACUGUCCAGCGCUUGUACAAGGCAAUUCUUGGUGAUUAUUCUCAACAACCCUUGGUACAAGUGGCUGCGUGGUGUAUAGGUGAAUAUGGCGAUCUUCUUGUGUCUGGCCAAUGUGAAGAGGAAGAGCCUAUUCAGGUGACUGAAGAUGAAGUGUUGGAUAUUUUAGAAAGUGUCCUGAUCUCUAAUAUGUCCACCUCUGUCACACGAGGUUAUGCUCUCACUGCCAUUAUGAAGCUUUCUACUCGAUUCACCUGUACUGUAAACCGAAUUAAGAAAGUGGUUUCUAUCUAUGGAAGCAGCAUUGAUGUAGAACUCCAGCAGAGGGCAGUAGAAUACAAUGCACUUUUUAAGAAAUAUGACCAUAUGAGGUCUGCUCUACUUGAAAGAAUGCCUGUCAUGGAAAAGGUGACCACAAAUGGCCCUUCUGAGAUUGUGCAGACAAAUGGAGAGACAGAACCAGCUCCACUAGAGACGAAACCACCGCCCUCUGGGCCACAGCCCACCAGCCAGGCCAAUGAUUUAUUGGAUUUGUUGGGAGGAAAUGACAUAACACCUGUAUUCAACUGUACCUACAGCAAACCGGCUUCUGCUGGAGGAGAACUUCUUGACUUGCUGGGAGACAUCACCCUAACAGGUGCUCCAGCUGCUGCUCCUUACCCCUGCCAGAUGCCACAGAUAUCCCAGCCCCCCUUCUUUGAUGGGCUUUCGUCACAGCCUCUCUUCAAUGACAUUACUCCAGGCAUCCCCUCCAUCACAGCAUACAGUAAGAAUGGCUUGAAGAUAGAAUUCACCUUUGAACGGUCAAACACCAACCCCAGUGUAACAGUGAUAACGAUACAGGCCUCUAACAGCACAGAGCUAGACAUGACGGACUUUGUUUUCCAGGCUGCAGUACCAAAGACAUUCCAGCUGCAGCUCCUGUCUCCAAGCAGCAGCGUUGUCCCUGCAUUUAACACAGGGACCAUCACGCAAGUCAUUAAGGUUCUGAACCCACAGAAGGUGACUGCGAAGAUGCGGAUCAAGCUCACAUAUAAUCAAGGCUCAGCAAUGCAAGAUCUAGCAGAAGUGAACAAUUUCCCCCCCUCAGUCCUGGCAAUGAGGGUCCAGCACCAUCUCAUUCUUAUCCCACUCAAUCAAAGGAAUUCUGGGAAGGAGGUUGUGGAUUGCUGGCAAGUCCCCCCCAACUGUACCAUGGCACUGAGGAGCUGAGGGAAUUGUCGAGGAGGGUUUCCUCAAGUACUACUGCUGACCUUGAAGCAUCGGUAAAGACUAAUGUCCUCUCCUCCACUGUUGAGGCUGGCUGCUUCUGGAGGCUACUUUGCACUCUUCCUCCUCUUCUCCCUUU